AUGUCGGAAAAACGCGUUGAGGAAGCACCGGCGGAGCUGAGCGCUAAGGAAAGGAAAGAAAAGAAGGAAAAACUCGAAGAGAAAGCGGUCCACAAAGAAAAGAAGAAGGAGAUAGUAGAGGAUGAGGAGAACGGAGCUGACGAGGAUGAUGAAGAGAAUCCUGAUGAUGUGGAUGAAGAAGAAGGUGGUGAUGAGGAUGAAGAAGCAGAUGAGAAUGGGCAGGAGCAGGAUGGCCACGCAGAGAAACGAUCUGCAGAGGAGGAGGAGGAUGAAGUGGAUCCAAAGAGACAGAAGACAGAAAAUGGCUCUUCAGCUUGA